UGAGUGGUGACUAGUCUGCUUUGGCUUGUCUGUUAGUCUGUCGCUGUCUGUCUGUGCCUGCGUUUCGGGUUUUUUCGUGUCUCGUGCCUGUCCCCUUGCUUGAAUUGGAAGAAAAAACUUUAAAAAUAUAAAAGGCUGUUUCUGAGUGAUAAAAAUGGAAACGGAAUCAAGGUGGUUGUUCACAAAGGAACAAUUAGUGAAUACACCAAGUAGAAAAUGCAAAGUUGAUGCCGAGACUGAGUUGCAGAUCAGGCAGCACACGGCGAUGUUUAUUCAGGACUUGGCCGAAGGGCUGAGGAUGCCUCCUUUUAUAAGCUUGGGAUCUUUUAUGGAAUUAAAAAUUCUGCAUUCGAAUUCACAAGCCAAAUCCUAAAAUUUUGGUAAAAAAAUAUAAUGAAAUGGAAUUCUCAAAUUGAAAUGGAUCCGGUU